CGUGCAUCCGGCGGAGUCAAACUGUUGUAUUUCCGGUUAAAGAUGGCAGCGACCUUGUGUAGCAGGCUCUUCCCAAGACCGGGAUGGUUGCCGCUGGCGCAGAGUAUUCGCCAUGGCUCUAAAGCAGUCACGCGGCACAGAAAGCCCGUGCAUAUCCUCAAAAAGAAACUCAUGGCCAUAACGGAGUACAUUCCACCUAAGCCCUCGGCUCCGCCCGGAGCGCUGGCUCCUCCAACCAGAAAGGCAGAACAGGAGUCUGGUCUGGUGAAGCUGUUAAAGAAAGACCUGCAGACUGUAUUUAACGAAUGUAAGAUGGUCGCUGUCGUGCAUAACAACGCCACUAAUUCUGAGGACAUGUUGAUUCUCAAACACAGACUUCAUAGACAUAACAUCAGUAUCAAAUUUUUCCCCCACCAGGUCAUGAGGUCUUUCCUGGCUGGCAGCCGUUACAGGAACAUGGAGCCUCUGUUUAUCGGCCAGACCGCUCUGUUUGUCAGUAAAGAGCCCAAAGUGCGGGAGAUGCUGCAGGUGCUGAGGGGAACUCCGCAGAUGGUGCUUUUGGGUGCACUUAUAGAGAAUACGCUGCUCUCCCAGCAGGGCGUGGUCGGUUACUCCAGGUUGCCCUCUCUGACCUCCGUCCAGGGAGAGCUGGUCAGUGGCCUGACCAUGAUGACCUCACAGACUGUUUCAAUGCUGCAGCACCAUCCUGCUCAUCUGAGUGCUCUGCUACAGCAGCACCUCAAACAGCAGCAGACAGGGGGCGCCACCGAGCCCGCCGCCACAGAGGACGCGCCCAAAGCGGAGGAGGCGGCGUGAAUUUGUCAGGAUGGCUCUGCAACAGGAAGAGGACUCGAAGAGACACUUCAGAUGAUACACUUCAGAGAGCAAUGGAAAGUUAUUCAUUAAAAAAAAAAUCCCAUUGACUACAGCUCUCAUUCUCUUCAUAUAAGAACAUGUGUCUGGUCACUUGCACUCGGAGAGACUGUACAGAAACAGAGCUGAAAAUGGGGAGAGAUUUUUCAGUUGUUAGUGUUGUGGAGAAAGAAGCAGUGUUCUUCAUUCACAAAUUCAGAAAUAUAUCCUAAAGACAAAUUACAGUUAUUCAAACAUGGCUAUGUAAUAUUUUUAUGUUUGUUUAUUGUUCCACUCAAUAAAGUCACAUGUUUUAAGGAGA